CCACUUUUUUACUAGAAAUGUUCCAGGUGUCCCUAUUUUUGACCAGCUUGAUACCCACCAACAGUGACGAGGGGAAUAUAUUGUCAUUUCUCCAACCAGAAUUCAGAAAACUGUGCUUGAACAUGGCCAGAACACAGAAGAAACUACUUAGAUGCAGUUUUAAUUUAGAAAAGCUGGUCACCCCCUAAUCUUGUGAAAUCUAGGAAAUAAAAUUGAGGAAAUAUUUUUCAGACAUAGUCCAACCCAUCUUGUGUAGAAUUACAUUUUGGCGUAUUUGUUCAAGAGACAAGAACAACAAGAACGUACAAGAAAAGUAUUAGGCCUAUAUUGAAAAUUUUAAUCAUAUAACAACUCAUCAGGUACUCAUCACUGAUGAGCUCAUCACUUAGUUUUACUUGGUUUUGAGGUUAAUUAAUACAUGUAAAUUGUAAUUCACUAUUAGGGCUCUACUGGAAUUUUUUGUUUGUUUGUUUGGAUUUUAGCUGGGAAAAGUACAGGAAAUUAAAAGGGGAUUUUUAAAUUUUUUUUUUAAACAAAAUAUUCCAACGCUUGCUGUGCCAGUAGACGUACAGUUUGAAGUGCUUGCUCAAGGAUUUUCUAUAAAAGAAAAGUAUAAUAUUUUAAAUUUUAAUCAGAGCCCCCAUCAACUUGCUUUAUCCCUUCUACUCUUCCGGGUAGCUUUGCACUCUGGCCUCUGAUUGGUUAAGCCCACCGUGGCCUGGCAACGGGAAGAGGCUUUAACAACAGAAGAGCAUUUUAGCUAGUAGCAUUAUUGGUAAAUGGUAAAUAAAAUAGUUCCAGGUAUUCAAGCAUUAAAAUUACACAAUGUCAACGCGAACACUGCCUCUGCUUUUUAUAAACCUCGGUGGGGAAAUGUUGUAUAUCCUAGAUCAACGACUUCGGGCUCAAAAUAUUCCCGCCGACAAAGCUAAGAAAGUUAUGAAUGACAUCAUCAGCACAAUGUUCAACAAAAAGUUUCUGGAGGAGCUCUUCAAACCACAGGAGCUUUACUCCAAGAAGGCCCUGCGCACUGUCUUUGAUAGACUGGCCCAUGCAUCCAUCAUGAGACUGAACCAAGCCAGUAUGGACAAGCUGUAUGACCUGAUGACCAUGGCUUUCAAGUACCAAGUGCUGCUGUGCACAAGACCCAAAGACAUUCUUCUUGUUUCCUUUAACCACAUGGAUGCUAUCAAGGAUUUUGUAAAAGAUAGCCCAAGUAUACUCAGUCAGGUUGAUGAGACGUUUCGGCAACUUAUAGAGAUGUAUACACCUUUAUCAAGUGGAGAAUUUCAACUUAUCCGUCAAACUCUUUUAAUAUUUUUUCAAGACAUGCAUAUAAGAGUGUCCAUUUUUCUUAAAGAUAAAGUCCAGAACUCAAAUGGUCGCUUUGUACUUCCCACAAGUGGCCCAGUGCCCUAUGGAACACAUAUCCCCGGUUUAAUCAGGAUAUUUAGUUGCACAGGUGAAGAGAUAAGUAGGUUGCAGUUCACUAAUGGUGGAAACUACACAUCAGCCCUACGAGAGGGUUCAUUUGAAAUUUUUGGAGACCGUGUUACCAAACUAGGCACAAACAUGUAUAGUGUUUGCCGUCCUGUUGAAACCCAUAUGUCUGGGACCUCUAAGAACUCUGCCCAGCAUCCAAAGGUCAGCACUGCACCUAACCCUCUAGCCAAAGAGGAACUGAACCUGCUGGCAAGAUUAAUGGGUGGGUUAGAGGUUCACAAAGCUGGAAAUGCAGACAGUGGCUUUCGGGUCAACCUGUUCAAUACAGAUGAGGAGGAAGAAGAAGCUUUAUCAUCAAGGCCAGAUGAGCUUUGCUAUGGAGUCAUAAGCAUCCAAGCAACAAAGGACCAACAGGCCAAUGCUGAGCUAACUAAGAUAAUGGGGGAGUUUUCCGAGACCAGUGAUCAGUCUCCCAGUGCGAGCAGCAAAGGAGAUGACCUAUUGGCCAUGAUGGACGGCCUCUGAUACUGUCACAGACAGAACCUCCCUGGAGCGUGGCAUCAAACUCACUGUCAGCUGUGCUGCUUAUGUAGGCCAGUUACAAGCUGCACCUGCAAAACAAUGUAACACACUACAAUACACACUACACAGUGGUAUAAUUUAAGACCAUUUUAAAUAUGCACUUCGGUCUGGGAGCCACACCAUACAUACACUGUAUUUGUGAUUAUACUAGUAAUACAGGGAUUAAGACCAAUGGGUGUGUUUUAUCCUGAGUAAAUGUGUGAAUGAUUUGCUGUUAUGUCAUUCAUUCAUGUGUAGUGCAACAUUUGCCUGUGUAUUUUACUUUUUUUUUUUUUUCCAUAGUAAGUGAGCUACGUUAAGUGCAUGUAAACAAACAAACUUUCAUUGUGAUAUGUGAUAUAAGAACUAGAGUCCUAAGUGCCCUUUGAAAGGGAACUGAUGUGCUCAUUUUGUAACACACCAUGUUACAUUCAGUGCUGUACAAGGACGUUUGUAACACAAGAGCAGUGCAAUAUAAUAAUUUAUCAAAUGUAUUAUUUAGUGAACUGUACUGCACAUGUUUGUGAACUGUAAACUCUAGAUUUAUUUUUUUAAUAAAUUGAAUCAUCUUUG